AUCAACAAUAUUAGCUGACAGCAAGUGAUGGAUGACAGCAAGUCUGAAACGAUGGUAGAUAUUAUUCGCCUUAACGUUGGAGGCUUUAUGUAUACCGCUAGACGUGAAUCGUUAUGCCGUUUUAAGGAUUCGAUGUUAGCAGCCAUGUUCAGUGGAAGAUUUCCUUUAAAAAUGGAUAAUUCAGGAGCAUGUCUUAUCGAUCGUGAUGGCAAUCUUUUUAAAUACCUCUUAAAUUAUCUUCAUGGAGAAGUUUGGAUUCCUGAAAAUGAGGAAACACGAAUGGCAUUACAAGAAGAAGCUGAUUAUUUCGGCAUCCCUUACCCUUACAGUCUUGUUGACCAUCUAGCUAAUGAAAUGGAGACAUACUGCUUUAAAACAAAUGUAGAACUUAAGAAGGCACUUGUAGGUUUUUGUGACUCUUAUGGCUUAAUCUGCACUAAACCAACAGUUUGGGUCUUGCAUUACCUCAACACUUCUGGUGCCAGCUGUGAGAGUAGAGUAAUUGGAAUAUAUGCGACAAAAGCAGAUGGAAUAACUGCAGUUGAAAAGGAACUAGGAGGACGAAUACAUAGUAAAAAUAUUUACAAAAGAGAGGCUGGAAACAACAUCCAGUACAUUUGGAGUUACUAUUCAGUAACAGAAUUGAAGAAGAUAAUGGAUGCAUUUGAGGCUUGGGAAGGAAGAGGUGCCAGCUACUGGCGAGUACCACAGGAGCUGAUGGAGUGUUGGACUCUUGAGGAGCAUUCUUUGAAAGGAAGCCUUCAGAAUAUGUCUCCCGUACGUAAACG